UUUGCCCUUGCUGUCCUGGAGGGCUCUGUAAAGCUGCCCACCCAGGAAGAGAUGGAGAAGGAAGUGCAGAGAGAGAUGCAGCGAAAACAAGACACAGGUGUACAGCCUGUCUAUGCAGGACUAGCAUCACUCUCCAACGGAUGGAGGAGAAUCCAGACAGCGACAGGCAUUAUGAGAGGACCACCGAUGACCCCUCACCCUCGGGCCAGGGGACCAAAGAGCAAAGUGAGGAGUCCCCCCUGGGUGAUCACAACCUACCCAUCAUGCAAUGGGAAGAUUUAAGUUUGCGAAUUGCAGAGCUAGAAAGGCAGGAAGAGGACAGAAGGAAGAAAGCAGAGAGUCUAGGUUUAUCAGAGCGAGACAGAAUACUUGGAUGCUGGACAGAAUCAAAACACCAUUCACUCCAUCGGGAGCCAUGGGCGGAUGAGAACGACUACAGUCCCUGCCGUGUCCCUGUCAUAACAUCACGGUUUAAUAGUCCUAAAAACCUUCAGCUGUGUUUCAUCAACAACAGUGAGAGUGAGGAGGAGGAUGAUGAAGGAGCAUCUAGCAAAGAGAGCUCAUGUGAGGCAGAGGUACGUGGGAGUUGCUCUCAGGGGCUAAAACAGGAAGUAAAAGCAGCACUCAGGACUCUCAGAGACAAGCUAUGGGCUGAACAGAAGGAGAAAGAGAAUAAAGUUACACAGGAUCACAUAAAGCAAGCCACCCACAGUAGCAUGAACAUAAGGAGAAAGAUUCUUAGCCUUGGUGAUCUCCAGACAUGCUCUUUACUGCAGCUGAAUGCGCUCAGGGCCUCGCUGAAUGAGGACAUUCAAGAUUUGAGCUCAGAACUGGUGAAACAUCUCGUAGUACGGGAUCACCUUCGGACUAAGCAAGAUGCUUUGCUCCUGGAUGUACAGGAUAUGACAUCAUUAUGAACGAUCUUUUUGUUUGGAACACUGCGUAACUGCAGUUUAACGUUGGCACUUUCUGAAAGCAGUAAUUUACUGUUACUCAUCCUGUGGACUAACAAAGGCCAGAAUAUCCUGUUUGUUCUUGAAGAAAUGUAGCCCUCACAGAAACUUUUGUUAAAAUGUGAGUCACAUUUAUUAUAGUCACAAGUUUUAUUGUGGAAAAAGUGCCUUAUAACAAACUCUAAUGGCUCUGAUUCAUAUGUCACUUACGGUUUAAUUUUGCUUCCAUAAAUAGAGAAUAUAUUACGCUGUUGUCAAAGCCAUAUGUGAUCAAUAACUGUGAUGUAUCAAUCAUCAGUUACUUUAAGCAUUCCAUUGAAAUACAUUAUAUGUAAUCGUCAUGAAAAUAUACAGUAAAUGUGCAUUUUGCUGUCAUAUGAAUGUGCCUUACAACUUUCCUGUGUAUCAAACUUAUACAUAAGAAUGAAGUAUAUCUCAGUGCUAAAUAUUCACAAUAAUUUAAUAAAUCAUUUAUUUUAUA